AUGACGUCGCACACACUGGCGCGCUUCGACUCGAGCCGGGAGAUGCAGGAGGACUGUGCGUUCUGCCGCAUCGUAGCGGGCCAGUCGCCGGCGCACGUCGUAUACGAGGACGAGGAGAACGUGGCGUUUCUGGACAUUCUUCCUCUGCGACCGGGGCAUACGCUGGUGAUUCCAAAGAAGCAUGUGCAGCAGCUGUCGCAUCUGGACGGCGCCACCGCCGCGUCGCUCUCGCAGGCGCUCGUACGCACGACGCAAGCCAUCGGCAGAGCGUUGGAUGAUGAGAGACUACAGGUGAUCACCAACCAGAUCUACGCUCAACUCGUUCCUCACGUGCACUUCCACAUUGUGCCUGCUGCCCCGCGUGCGAGUACAGACGCAAAGGCGACGCCAACGCCAUCGACGAAUGCGCUUGCACUCAUGCGGCUCGGCCACGGGCGCGACGAGCUGGACGAUGACGAGGCGCAAGAACUGUGCGCCAAGAUCCGCCGAGCCGCGCACGAGAUCGCUCAGAAGCCAGCUGCGAAAUUGUAA